AUGGCCAACAUAUCUCAAACAUUUGAAGAAGGGACAUCCACAAAUAGGCCACCACUAUUUCUGGGAGAGAAUUACCGUUUUUGGAAAAUCGGGAUGAAGAUUUCCUUGGAAUCAAUGGACAAGGGUGUAUGGGAUGCUACAUUAAACUGUACAUAUUUUCAGAAGACUAUUAUAGAUAUUUUGGAGAUACAAGAAAAUCAAUUCUACUUUGUUUCGGAACCCUCACCAUCUAUCACUGUCAGUUCUCCUUCCCUCCGAACCCACAAAUCCCCUUCGCCGCCACUUCAUUCUCUCACCGACUCGCCCAUCUCCGAUGGCCACUCCUCUCCGCUGCCUCAAAAUCCGCCACCCGAAUCGUCAUCGGACUCGUCGAUUUCCGACGGCCACUUCUCGAUCGCCGACCAGCGUCUCUCUCCGCCGGUGGUUACGGCUCACCGGUUCCAAGUGGAGCCCGCGGUGGUGACCAAGGUCGAUCUCGGUGCCGAGGAGGGUUUCGUAAAAGACGUCGAACAAGCCACCGGAGCCGCCGGUAAUCGACGACUGAGACCAGAUGUGUCCGGUUUGUUAAAGACGAAAAAAAUCGCGACCUGGAGCAAGCUCUUGUUUGGUCUUCGAAUAACCGCUUUUGUUUUCUGCUUGGCAUCUUUCUCCGUGCUGGCCGCUGAUAAGAAACGCGGCUGGGCUCUCGACUCUUUCUAUUUGUACAAGGAAUUCAGGUAUAGUUUGUCAGUGAAUGUGAUUGGAUUUAUGCAUUCUGGGCUGCAGAUUUGUGAUCUCUGGCGGUACUUGGCUACGGGAAAGCACGUGGUGGAUCACCAGCUAUGGGGUUAUUUCACUUUCGCACUGGAUCAGAUAUUGACAUACCUUCUUAUGUCAUCAUCAUCAUCGGCUGCCACUAGAGCUUAUGACUGGAUAUCCAAUUGGGGCGAGGACAAGUUCCCCUACAUGGCAAAUGCAUCUGUGGCUUUGUCUUUGGUUGCUUUUGUUGCCUUUGCCUUGGCCUCUCUUGUCUCAGGUUCUAUCAUUGUAAGAUUCAGAUAAUAUAUACAUAUACAGUGUGUGAGGUGUGCAAACUGUAUCUGCUCCGCUAGAUUAAGUUUUAUCCUUUCUUGGAUGGAAGUUGUCCUACUAUAUUUUCGACAAGGAGACUCACUUUGUACAGAAAGGAAAAUUCUCUUUGUUGUGAUAAUUUUGUUUGUAUGGAUACAGGAGAUCAGCUUGUGGAACUGGCAUCUAUAUGAAUUCUCACUUUGGAAUUUUAGUGAAGAUGGUGUUUGAUUUA